UCUUAUAAAAGGAUCCCAUAGCACCCCUAUUCUCUCAUUCCAAGGGAAACAACAUCAAUAACCCAUAAAAUAAAAAAAUCCAUUAAUCACCAUGGCAAGGUCAUUUGGUGUUGUUUUCCUCUUUGUCUCAGUCUUGUGUUUCUCCUCUGCAUUGGCUCGCAAAACACCUGAAAAAUUCUUCGUUGAAGGCAAGAUUUAUUGUGAUCCUUGCCACUUUGCAUUCGAGUCUAGACUCAGCUUCCCCUUGUCAGGUGUGAAUGUGACUCUGGAAUGCAUCAACGAACAAAAUAACACAGUGACUUAUACAAAGGAAGGAAGAACUGAUGCAAAUGGAUUGUACAGCAUUCCUGUCCAUGGUGAUCAUCAGGAUGAGAUCUGUGUGGUGGUUGCAGACUCACCAAAUGAGGGAGAAUGCAAAGAGGUAAUGCCAAACAAGUCCGAUAGGAUCAUCCUCACCAACAACAUGGGUGCUGCCUCUAGGGCACGCUACGUCAACCCCCUUGGUUUCAUGACACAGACAAUUGAUUCUCAAUGCAACGUCGUUGUUCAUGAAUUAGGACUCGACAACCUUGAUGACUAAGUGGAAUACAAAUGUUGAUCAUUAAACUCCACCCAAAAGAUCAAAUUUAUCAUUGGAUCAAUUGUCUUGUAUCAUUAUAAUUAACCAUUA